AGAUGACAAUUCUCAAUGCAACUUCUGGAAAGGGAUACACGAGUGCGUCUUCAAUCCGAACUACAUGAUGUGUUACUGUGCUUUGUCCUGCAACACCGCCUCCGAGUGCUCAGCUCCAGGUGCAGGUGCUGACACACACUGCCAGUGUUCCUUCAAUGCCUCGAGGGGAUUCUGUGAAACCAAAGACCUAGCUACAACGUGUCCUCAUACAUGUUCUCUCAGACAGACUGUCACGUGCCCCCCUCAUGAACCCUAUCCAAACGCUAUACCUGUUGGUCGGCGGAGAUACCUUGAUCGAGUGACAUACAUAUGUCGCCAUGGAUACCGUAACGAUGGAGACGUCGGGCUUCGGGUGUGUGACGCAUCAGGGAUAUGGAGGGUAGAGGGUCAACCACCGAUUUGUACUUAUGAUUCAAGUCUCCUGGUACCUUGCCCGGUUCAAGUAAAAGCAUUUGUACCUUGGUCUACGUCAGUGGACGGAGUUGGGAUCCUGGACUCGGCUCAAGACACCAACCUCUUGGAGUGCUCGGACAUGUGCUUGAGGGUGCCGGGGUGUUCAUACCUUGCCCAUGAUCAAGUCACUAGGAAGUGCUUUCUUUAUUACAACGUUGCUCGAAGCGGGUUCAAAACAGCCGAGGGUGGAAGCGUGUGGAAAAAAGUGUUUCAUGUUCUGCCAGUUACAUACUACAGUUAA